UGUUUCCCUGCAGGGCAAACCUUAUCGAAUCGUCCAAUGAGAGGGAUGGAUCAGCUAAGCUCCUGACAUUGAACCGUACUAAGUACGGGCGUCUAAAGCUAUGGCACGCAUAAGCGUAAUAUAAAGGUACUGGUGUCCCUAUGAAGUAAUGCCAAGUAACAUCCCCCCGCUCGUGUUCCUCUGCUCACCGUAAGUCUCGAAAAUCGUGCAGAUUUCUCAUCCUCAUUUGACGAUUUCAACAGGAUUAGCCAAGAUGCGACUCUGGCCCGGGCAGCUCCCAGUCACGCAAAACGAAGCCGUGACCAUCACUUGCUACGAUGACCUGGGUAAUCCAAAAACGCACGGUUUAGAGCAGCGAUAUGUCAGCCCUACUACUGGGAUAUGUCGAAAGCUCGUCGUGCAAGCCGUCUCUCCCUUCGGUAAAUCCGAAGUCCCCAUCAGCAACCACACCAAUCAAGCAAGCAAAAUCGCCAUAUGGCUGCUAGCCAAUUCCCCCAUACGAGGGUGGAUCAUUCUUAAAUGGAUAGGCAUAUGGUUGUUGUUUACGUUGAAGCUCCUCUGGUCAGUCAUCUGGCUGCUAGCACAGCUUUUCGCCCCCAUCGACUUGGCGGAUGACACCGGGGAGGACACGGACCUGUAUAACACUGGAUACUACAAACCAUAUGUCCGCGGGUUCCAGGGUCAGCUAUGGGCAGCUCGUUCGCCUAUGGAGCAUUCUUCGCGCAUUAUCGAAGAGGGCGAGAUGGAUAUCCCUACACAUACCCUUUAUCCUCGAGUUCUUAUUAUCCGCGACCCGAUCUGUAAUGAGUGGGCCUCAUGUGCAGAUCGCGAUACCAUCAUCCAUACAAAAUUCAUCGCCAUCUCUUAUCGCGCCGUUGAUGCCUUCACUCGAGGCCCAGAUCAGGAGGUAGAAAAAGAUCAGUUCAUAGAGGAAGUUCGUGCAGCGGUGCUCGAACAAAAAUACGAUGCGUAUUGGCUCGACUUGGAGUGUGUAGGAGAGACGCCGUCAGAGAAGAAUCGGGAUUUGUACUGCAUGGCGGACGUCUACCGUGGAGCAGCUGUAACUUUGAUCAUGCUCGGUAAAUCUGCGUCUGGGGAGAAGGAGUGUUGGAAAGGCUGGGGCGAACGGGUAUGGACUAUGCCCGAAGCCCUCCUGAGCUCUAGCCUUUGUUACAAGUUCCGAGAUCGGGAAGCAGUCACACCAUUGUCGUUGUUUGAGCUGGCCAACCUGGCCUAUACAAACUACGACAUCGAACAAGCUAUCGUCAACGCGUACAGCGGGAAGGAUCCACUUGAGAGGUUGGAGCGCUUGACGCUGUUGAAAUCAGCUAUAUGGCGGCGCGGUACGGCAGCUCUAGCACCAGGUAUUACUCCUCCUCCGCCAAAGCUGGAUAUGAUAGAUGACUCCGAGAAGUCUGUCACCGUCCUGAGUGGGGCGUACAAGGCCGAGCGUGUGUAUGCGCUGAUGGGCUUUUUUGAGCAUCGGAUUCAGCCAAACCGCUCGGAGGACGAUUUGCGCGCUCUUGUGAGGCUUUCGAUGGCCAACGACAAUGACCGUAUCGCUGAGCGCAUGGUAUCCAUGCUGCCCUCGACCAUCACCAAGACAGCGUGUUGGUACUCUGACGAUGAUAUCUACCGUGCCAACCUUUGGGAUAUUCUACCGGAGAUCCAGGUCGCUGGUGUUACGGACAAUGGAGCUCUUGUAAUUGACGGGUGUCGGUCGGCAGCCAUCAGAUGGAAAGAUUUCCCGGAGGUUGCGUUUGUGACCACAGAUUCAUUGAGGAGAACCAUCAUCGGCUUCAUUCCGUACCUCUCGUGGCCAACUCUUAUCAUCGGGCUAGCUAUUCUUAUGAUCAACCGGGUAGGAGGCAUCGCGCUCACCAUAAUCGGAUUGGUGCUCCUCAUUGUUUCCCCUCGGCUGUUCGUUUUCAGUCAAUCUGGGCGUAUCGUCAGCGCACAACCAUGGCUCAUCGGAGUGAAAGGGGUCGUGAGCAUCAAAGAGGUAGAGAGCCACUUGUACGGUGGCGCCGCCAGAGGACACUUCCCAAGAAUGUAUUUCACGCCGAGCGGAUCACAGUUCUCGAUUCCGGAACGAGGCUUAGACCGGGGAGGUUCGUUCAGACAAUACGACUAUGCCAAACUAGCGGAUAGUGGACCCGAUGCGGGACACAUCUAUACGCUCAUCGACACGUGCUCGUCGACGAUGUACUAUUUCCGUGCGCAACGACCGCCGACUGUGUGUAUAUUCGCCGGACGAGAGGGAGGGCUUGGGCGGUUUGUGUUGUGUUCGGAGAAAUGUGAUAUCAAUGAGCUGCAUAAGGAGAGCGUGCUGAGGAUGCCGACGGAGAUCAGUGAAAAAAUGGAGUUGUGUGGAUGGGUCGCGCUUGGAUGAGGUUGUUUUGGAACCUUUCACUGUCCUUUAUUUCGGACUUCACUGACGCUGUUUAGUGUUUUGCUAGAACUUUCCACUUUCCUUUAUUAAUUUAUUAUGUACUCUACCGACGCUAUUUAGUGUUAUAGCAACAUAGUAUUGAGGAUUCACUGCAGAACGUUUCUUGUUAAUAUUCUCGCGGGUCUGAGCGCGGCUAAGACUCGACAAACGCAUGAUACUCUCAAGCCGAGU